AAGAGCGGAAGAGGCCGAUCGUUCGAUAAGAUGCUUAUGUGGGGAGACAUGGCCACGAGGAUGGCGUUUGCUUCAUUUUCUCCUGCUGUUUGCAUCGCCAAGAGACCCGACAGGAGGAGUAACUGUACGAGGAGAGCUCUCGGGAUGGUCAAAUGCAGCGCCGUCGGAGCCGCCGGCGGACGCGGCGGGGUAACCGUCGGAGACGCGGUGUUCUCAGUUACUACGUCGUCUAAAUGCGACGUCGAUUAUCUGGGUCAGAGCACCAAGGGAGAUUUGAAUCUCAAGCUGGAUUCUCUUCAGUCUUUUGGACUUGAAGGGCAAGCAACUUUGAAGGGCCCAAUCGAGGAGGUAGCUAGGACAGAGACUCAAGCAGCAGAAAAUUUGAUUAGAGACCUUGGUAUCCGAGCUCCUUUUUCAGCACGAAACUAUCCCACCGGUAUAUUUUGUAGUCGCACAUUGAAUCUCCGGUCCAUUAGCGCGAUUGGAUAUGACAUGGAUUACACCUUGAUGCAUUACAACAUCCAGGCUUGGGAAGGGAGGGCUUAUGACUACUGCAUGGAUAACUUGAGGAGUAUGGGGUUCCCGGUUGAUGGGCUUGCUUUUGACCCUGACCUGGUUAUCAGGGGUCUGGUGAUUGACAAAGAGAAGGGUAAUCUGGUCAAGGCUGAUAGAUUUGGCUAUGUGAAAAGGGUCAUGCAUGGGACAAACAUGUUAUCGAAUAGAGCUGUCAGUGAAAUCUAUGGGAGAGAACUAGUUGAUCUGCGCAACCCAAGUCGUUGGGAGUUUCUCAACACCUUUUUCUCUGUUUCAGAGGGUGUGGCUUACAUGCAGAUGGUCGAUAGACUGGAUGAAGGAGCUAUUUCAGCAGAUCUCGCCCCACUUGACUAUAAGGGGCUCUACAAGGCUGUUGGAAAAGCCCUCUUCAGAGCACAUGUUGAAGGGCGGCUUAAGAAUGAGAUAAUGUCCAGGCCUGAUUUAUUUGUCGAACCAGAUCCAGAACUACCUUUAGCUCUUUUGGAUCAGAAGGAGGCGGGUAAAAAGCUCCUGCUUAUUACAAACUCGGACUAUGAGUACACAGACAAAAUGAUGAUUCAUUCAUUUAAUCGAUACCUUCCCAAUGGCAUGGGCUGGCGGGAUCUUUUUGACAUUGUUAUUGUUUCUGCUAGGAAGCCAGAGUUCUUUCAGAUGUCCCACCCGUUGUAUGAAGUGGUGACUGGUGAAGGUUUAAUGCGCCCAUGCUUCAAGGCUGAAACAGGAGGUCUGUACUCGGGGGGAAGUGCUCAAAUGGUGGAGAAUUCACUUGAUGUCCAUGGAGAUGAGAUAUUGUAUGUCGGUGACCACAUCUACACUGAUGUCAGUGUAUCCAAAGUCCAUCUCAGGUGGCGAACUGCACUGAUUUGCCGUGAAUUGGAGCACGAGUAUAAGGCUCUAAUCGGUAGCCGUGGUUACCGAGCUGACCUAAUAGAGCUUAUAAAUCAAAAAGAGGUUGCCGCUGAUCUCUUUAAUCAACUCCGGCUUGCUUGCCAAAGACGGAGCCAAGGUCGCCCUGCUCAGACGCUGGCUGCUACGAACGUGGUUGAGAAAGAACUAACGGAGACUAUGCAGAAGCUCCUCGUCGUGAUGCAAAGACUAGACGAAAAGAUCGGUCCAAUGUUGGAGUCAGAUGGUGAGCUCUUCAACAAGAGGUGGGGCUUCCUUUCUCGCGCGGGUUUGUGGGAUAAAAGCCAUUUGAUGAGCCAAAUCGAAAAGUACGCGGAUAUUUACACAUCAAGAGUCUCCAACUUCCUCAACUACACUCCCUUCACGUAUUUCCGCGCGCAGGAACAGUCUCUGGCUCAUGAUUCCGAUGCCUAUGAUUUUUCGGUUCACGACACAGGUGUACAAAACUAGCAUAUGCCUAUGUUGGUCGGAUACUGGAACGGUUGGUUGUUGUAAUUGUAGCAGAUGACAAAAUGUGGGUAGGCCAAAAUAAGUGUAUAUCCCAAUACUUCAGUUUCAUAUGUCUGAAUAUUGUAUUGGGAUGCUUUGUUGAAUGAGAUAACCAUGUUUGCCGUCUC